AGCCCGCGGCCUUGGAGGUGGCGCGGAUUUUCGGUUGGCGCUGAGCGGUGAGGCCUAGGGCUCGGGCCCCCCGGGGUCGCCUUGUUCUCACCCACCCUUCGGCCCAGCUGUAACUUCACUGGCCUCCGCGCUGUCUCGUCACUAAAUGCGGCUUGCGGAUCCCCGAGGCUGGAGUUGGAGCCCGCUCCCGGCGCCGCUGAUCUCCCCAUCUCGGUGUAAAAACGCCGCCCGCCGCUGAUUUGGAGUAGGCAGCAGGCCCAGGCCCCGGCCCCAGGGCUGAGGCUGCUCAGCCGAGGAAUCUUUCCUCCCAUUGGCUGGCUUGUGUUCCUCUCUGCUUCGGGAAUGGCUCAGCAAGUGGUGGAUGUAGAUAUGCAGCCAGAGGAGGAAACUGUUCCAACCCAACUGAAUCUCCAUGACUUGGCUUCAAUGCCAACAGGGGAAGGCCCGAGUACUGCGCCCCUUGGUGAAGAGUUAAGAGCGCUGCCUGGAAAUGAGGCCGCUUCAACCGCUCACAGUGGCGGGCUGGAAGCAGCGUUACUCACUGAGGAACUUCAAAGAUUGCAAGGGGCGCUGAGAACUGUAGCACAGCACUUUUCCCUUGGGCAGAGAUCUGGACACCAGCGCAGGCAGUUGAGGAGGAAUGGUCGCCGUCAGCCAGGAGCAAGUGUUUCCCAGAGAUCAUCUUCAUCCAGAUCUGGAGCUCUAGACAACUACUUCCGUGUUAACAGGCAGCAGCACACAGAAUUGGUUAGGUCAGCAACUGAAUAUGGAGAUGAGAUGAGCAGCGAAGAUUCGAGUACCGAUUUGAGCACUGAUCUCAGUGAGUCAGAGGAGAGCGGCAGCACCACGGAAAUAGAGGAUGAAUAUGAGGGCGAUGAGUCUGCAGCAGCUUCGUCAGCUCCUGCUAGUGCUCCAACCCUAGUUAAUCCCUCACCACCUCAGGUUGUCGAGGCUGGAGAUUCACAACCCGUGCAUCAAGAGCAGGACAGUACAAUCUUGCAUUCAGAAGACAAUUUGAAUGUGAAAGAAGCAGCAUGUGCCAAAGACACCAAGCCUGCCUUUGAUGAUGAAGGGAAUACGUGCUCAAUCUGCUUUGAGCCAUGGACGAAUGCAGGAGAGCACCGUCUUGUUACUCUGCGGUGUGGUCACCUCUUUGGCUAUACCUGCAUUGAUCGGUGGCUGAGGAAACAAGGAGGAAAAUGUCCACAGUGUAAUAAGAAGGCUAAGCGGUCGGAUGUGGUGGUGCUGUAUGCCCCAACCUUGAAAGCUGUGGACACCAGUGAGCAAGAACGAUUGAAAAGUGAUCUAGAGAAGGAGCAGGUGAUGCGUCGGAAAGCAGAGCUGGAAUCUGCUCAGUGUCGCCUCCAGCUACAGUUCCUGACAGAAGAGUGCAGCAAAUUACGUAAACAGCUGCAGGAGUUGAGAUGCCUGAUUGCUAAGCAUGGUCCAAGUGCUUCUCAAGGUCCUACCAGUUCCAGUAAUUCCCUAACUGGCCAUAUCACUUCCAGUCAGAGUCAGUCGAAGUACCAGUUUGAGAAAGGCAUCAUUGUUUCGCAGAGUGGGAACUGUCGAGUCAUGGCAUACUCCUCCUUGAUGAGCUGUCUUGUUGUGUCCCAACCUUCUCCUCAGACAACUCUCCUACCUGGAUGUGGUGUGAAGAAGAUAAGUGGGGUGAACUUCCGCAGCACUCAAUACGUACCUAUCCAUUCCAAACAAAUCAGAGGACUGGCUUUCAGUGACCACUCCGACAGUAUCCUCCUUUCUGCAUCUCUGGACAAUACUGUCAAAUUGACCAGCCUGAUGGCCAAUACGGUGGUUCAGACUUACAACACUGGUCGCCCUGUCUGGAGCUGCUGCUGGUGCUCAGAUGACACAAACUACAUCUAUGCUGGGCUGAUAAAUGGUUCCAUUUUGAUAUAUGACAUGAGGGAUACGACAACCCACGUCCAGGAGCUUCCAUCACAGGGUUCUCGAUGUCCUGUGACUUCACUGUCCUACCUCCCACGUAUGGCUUCUGCAGCAUUUCCAUGCGGUGGUCUGUUGGCUGGCACUCUGGAAGGGGGCUGCUUCUGGGAGCAGAAAUCUACCAACACGUACAAGGCGCACUUGCUGCCCCUGGAAGUUGGAAGCUGCACAGAUAUACAGAUUGAACCCACGAUGCGGCAUUGUCUUGUUACUUACAGGCCAAAUAAAACCCAUAGUUCUUUACGGUGUGUUAUGAUGGAACUGUCAACCAGUCCUUCCCCAGACUCAUUGGAGAACCUGAUUUGUACAUGUUACCCAGUCCAGACAUUCAAUGCGGGCCCUACUUGUAAACUGCUUACUAAAAAUGCCAUUUUCGCAAGCCCUGAGAAGGAUGGCAGCGUCUUAGUGUGUGCUGGGGACGAGGCAACCAACAGUGCUAUGGUGUGGAAUGCAGGGAACGGAUCACUCAUCCAGAAGCUUCAAGCCGACCAGCCUGUACUGGAUAUCUGCCCCUUUGAGGUGAAUCACAUUAAUUUCUUGGGGACUCUGACAGAAAAAAUGGUUAAGAUCUACAAGUGGGCCUGAUGGGACUCGUGCUUGCUAUCAUCGACUCACUAAGACUGGAAAUCUGUGGCCCAAUUCUGGUGCUGUUAUUGUAAGUGAAUUGCUGUACAGGAUCUGGCUGUGAAGCAUCUUUUUGUUCAAACAAGCCCACCUAUUCUCAGUUUGGGUUUGACUUAUGUGGCUGUCCUACUCAAGUUGUCUCCUGAUAAUCUACCAGCUGCCCCUUUUAUUGUAAACUCUGGCCUUUUAUUUAAAUGUAAUUACUGGUCGUCUCAUGUUUCCAGAGGUUUGCUCACUUUUGUUGAAUGCUUACCCUUGUCAUUAUUUGUGAUACUUCCAGGGAGACUAUCUUUGAAUAAAAAUCCAUGCUGAGG